AUGGCUUCCAGCAGCGCCAUCUCCCAAGGCUCCGCGCCCAUCCAACGCAACAAGGCAGCCGAGGUCAAUGCCCAAGCCAAUCAUGGCCAACCGCAUCAGCCUGAAAUUGCAUUUUCCAUGGCGCAGCUCUGGGAUGGCACUGCCUUCAUCGCCCAGACUGCCGUCGUCACCUUUUCCCUGUCCCUGUCCGGGCGGCUCCUGGCACGGCCCCUGACGCUCUUCUCGUGGCAUCCGCUAUCACAGCUCCUCGGUCUGUUCCUGCUCCUCCAGUCCGUCCUCGUGCUGCAGCCCACGCGCACCGCUGGCCAGAAGCGCGUCGGCCAGACCGUGCACGCCGCGCUCAACUUUGCCUCCUUUGCCGCCUUUGCCGCCGGCUUCUGCGCCAUUUACCUCAACAAGGAGCGCAACGGCGCGGCGGCGGGGGCAGCGUCGGUGGCGCACUUUACCACGCUGCACGGCGCGCUGGGCGCGACGCUGACGGCGAUGCUCGCGGGCCAGCACGUCGUCGGCCUGACCAUGUGGGCGGUGCCGGCGCUGUACGGCGGCGAGGCCCGCGCGAGGUCCGUGUGGAAGCUGCAUCGUGUCAGCGGGUACGUGAGCUUGCUGCUGCUGCUGACGACGUUUGGCACGGCGGCUGGCACGGGCUUUGUGCGGAACGCGCUCAAGCUCGAGUCGUGGGUGUUUUAUGUGCCAAUGGCGCUCAUCGCGGUGGGGGUGCUGCCGCGCAUUCACGCGUCUAAGCUAGGAUUCUCGACGAAGAAGGCGUAG